AUCAGAAAGACAGAAACACAGAAGCACCGAAGCACAGAAACAGAAUCGAAAUCGGAAUCGCAAUCAUUGUCAACAGCAGUGCGACGGGAGAGUUGCGUAUCUAAAGUAUAUAAAUUCACGAAAAAUCAACGAAAAAUCCAAGAAAUUCAAAGAAACUUGCAGCGGCAAGUGGCAAGUGCGAUUAACUAAAUGCCAGCGCCCAAAACAGCGCCAAUCAAUCAAUUAGGCCCAGUGGGGGUGCUCCCACAGCCCAAGUCCAAGCCCAAAACCAGCAACAAUACGGCCGGAGAGAGCAGCCGGAGACAGUGAGAUAGAAAGAGAGACAGCAAGAGAGAGUGCAAAAGAGAGAGAGAGAGAGAGAGCGAGCGUGGCGGCAGUGACAGCAGUUAAAAAUCAAUAUCCGUCUAAAGUUUAUUUCGGUUUCGGUUCGGACACCUUGGAAACUUGAAGUUUCCCCAGCCGAAAGUUCCAUCGAAAUCAAUACAACUCAAUACAGAUAAACUCAACGCCAUUCCUUUGCCAAUCGCGUCCGCUUUGUGCUACAAAUUUAAGAGCGUUUUUCGCGAACGUAAUCGUGUGUCCAUUUUGUGUGUCCACUUUGUGUGUCCACUUUGUGCUAAGCCUGACCAUAGAGUUAACUAGGUAAUCAACAGUUUACGAACAACUUGCUCCAUCCAUGCCGCGUGUGCUAGUCCAGUGGCAACCACUUCAACCAGUCUAAUCCGCAGCGUUAGUCCACGUCCACGUCCACGUCCGACAGAUCCGACGAUUGACGAAAAGGGUCGAACGGCAAACGCGGAGAAAGUUAAAGAUAACAAACAGCGAAGAAUCGGGAGAAAAACCAAAGAACAUUUAAGAAGAAAACAAAAAAUCGAAUUUUCAUGUUUAAAUCGCAAAACCAAAAUUAUCGAUAAAGAAAUUAAAGGAAAACCAAAGAGAGAAAAAACCAAAUAUAAAGUAAAUUGCUACCAGUAAACGCUAGUCCAAAUCUUCACUAUAUAAAUAUAUGUAUACCAUAUAUAUUUAACUAAUAAUACUUCAAGAGAACACGCCAAUUGCCGCAACAUUACUCCAACCCGCAAAAGUAAAAAGUAAAACGUAAAAAGAUAAAAGAAAAGAUUUCCAUUAAACAAACGCAAAAUACCAAAUACCUAACACAGCUUCGAAGUGUGCACAAUAACAGAGUAAAAAGUUAUUAACCAAAACCAAAGAAAGACACCCAAUCCAAAAAGCAAGGCAAAUUAUUAUUAAACAAAACCGAAAAACAAUUAAGCAAAGUUGAAGAAAAACUGCGCCAAAGUCACGGCCAGCAAACACAAAGUACAACAAACAAACACAAACAAAAACAUAAACUCAAGCAACAAGCAGCAGGCGGCAAAAGCAACAGCAGUUGCGAAGUGAAGCGUUUCCACUGACCACGCCCACUCCCCGCGGCUGAGCAACCCGCCCCUUUCAGCAAUUUUCCGAUUUGGCAGCGCAUCGUUUCCGAGAAAUCUUGCGUGCGCCGGGAAAACUGAAGCGCCAGUGUCGGUUGGUCAACCAGGGAACACCCAGAGUAUACCCUCUUUUUUUUCGAGUGUGCGAACCAGUUUUUUUUGUGUGUGACCCAAACGAAAGGCGAGAACAACAACAGCCACCACUGCACCAACUGUGAUGGCAGAUCAGCCCAAGGCAACGACAACCGCAACCGCAGCCGGAGGAGCAGCAGGCCCACUUCCUGAAGGCGACGCCGUGAUGGCCACCACCAACCAGGACGCGCUGGCCAAAGGAGCCGGAGAUGCUCCUGCCCAGGACGCGGCCCAGGAGCCAAGCCAGGCGGAGCAUCCAGUGGAUGCCGCAGAUGCCGGGGAUGCCGGUGACGAUGGCGCCACCGAUGCCGGGGCCAGCUCGCUGCCGCCCUCCGAGAUUGGUGGCCGGGCGCCCCUGGACACCGCCUGCUCGGAUGCCGACGGAGGAGCCCCCUCCAGCCUGGCCGGCGGCAUUGUGGGUCCGCCCAGUCCGCUCACCGGCUGCUACCUCCUCAUCGUCCUGGGAGAGCCGCACUCCGAGGAGCACAAGGACAACAUCUUGCAGCAUCUGCUCAAGGGUUUCCUCUCCUGGGACGUUUCCGAUUGUCACGUCGACUUGGAAGAGGAGCUCAAUACAAUUACACAGCAUGCGCCCGAGGGCGAGGAGGCUCGUCACGGCGAACGACUCAUCCAGUAUGCCAGCGAGAAUCUGGUCACGGAGGUGCUCAUCCACCCGCAGUACAACACGCUAAUCCAGUGCAUGCGAAAUCUGCUCAGCAGUUUCACCCGCCACCGGCACAUCAUCCACGCCGGCUACACCUUUAGUGGCAAUGGUUCCUGGAUAUUGCAGGACGGAACCUUCUCGGUGGCGGACUUCUCGGAGGCCUUCCAGGAGCACGACGUACAAAGGGUGAUUCGGGCCUAUGCGGACACCAUCACCAUGAACAUUCACUGCGCGGACGCGGGUCUUUGGCACACGUUGCCCGAGAAGUCCUUUGCGCGCCAGUGCCGGAUACGGAUCAACCCCGUGGACGUCCUGGACACGAGCAGCGAGUGUAUCAACGGAUUCAUUGAUUACCUCGCGCCCAUGGUGAUGCCAACAUCGCUGAGGGAGCUGCUUGAGACCUCGGACGUGGUGGGAAACAUCCGCUUCACGCAUCCAACGUUAUAUGUCUUCCCCGGCGGCCAGGGUGACGCGGCGCUUUUCGGAAUCAACGGCUUCAACAUGCUUGUUGACGGCGGCUUCAACCGGAAGGCGUGCUUCUGGGACUUCGCCCGACACCUCGACCGUCUGGACGCGGUGCUGAUGACGCGCCUGAACAACAGCAACGUACAGGGUCUGGGUGCGGUCGUGUCGCGCAAGCGGGACGCUCACGUCUACCCCCAGAUCGGGCACUUUUUCGGCAAUGUACCUGACCGCAAGGGCCUGCCCAGCCCCGACGGCGAUAAGGACCGCGAUCCGCUUCUGAUCGAUCUGUUCGAGCGUGGACACGGCAUCGUUAGCGACCUGAAGGCGCUGGAUCUAAAGCCACAGGGCUGCUACCGCAACCAGGAGCCGGUCAACCUCUACCACAAGGUCGGCCACGGCACUCUGGACAUGUAUGUGAUAAGCCCAGCGCGUGACUCGAAGGAAGUGAAGGAGUUCCUCCAGAAGUGGCAUGCCGGCGACCAGCGGCUCUUUGCCGCCCGGGAGUCGCGCGACUUCAACUUCCCGCUGCAAAACUUGGUAUCCAUUUGCGCCCUGCUUGUGUGGCAACCAGCCAACCCGGACGACACUAUCACUCGCAUUCUCUUUCCGGGCAGCACACCCGACUUCAAAAUCCAGGAGGGCCUCGAAAAGCUAAAGCAUCUGGAGUUCAUGAAGCACUCCACGUGCACCGCAAAGUCGAUUGCCCCAGCCAUUCAGACCGUGACCUCAACUCGCAAGAGCUUAAAAUCGGCCAUCGAAGCGACUCCAGCUCCGCCCAGCGCCAGCUACAAGUCUACGAAGUUCAGUCCGGUGGCAAGCGCCGCUCUAGCCGUCCAGCAUCCGCAGCAGCAGGAUAACAAAGCGAAGGAGGCUGCGGCUGCGGCAGCGGCGGCGGCUGCUGCUGCGGCGGCUACCGCAGCAACUAUUGCCCGCGCCAAGGCCGACUCCAUGGACACGGAUGCAGAACCGGAGCACGAGGCAGACCCCGAACCUGCUGACACUGGGGACGAGGCUGCUCCGACAGAGCAGGAGCCUGAGGCGGAGACUGAACCCGAACCGGAGCAUGAACCCGAAGCCGAGCAGGAGAAGGAUGCUGGUGAGGAGAAGAAGGUGGAAGUGUUAAUCAUGAAGCCCCAGCAGGCGACACCACCAGUAGCAGUCCCAGCAUCUGGCAAAGAUGCAGUAGAUGCUACUCCAGCCGAUGUGACGCCCACCGGCAAACUGAGCAAAACGUCAGCCAAGGGUAAGGCGGACAAGCCGCGGGCUGAGGUUAAGCCGGUGGUACGCUCCCGCAUCGACACCAAGCCCCCCAAGUCCAUGGACCGGAAACUGGCCAAACGGGAUGAGAAAAAGAGCUCGCCCACAGCUACGCCGGCCGCCAGGGCACCCGUAGCCCGAGAUGCCAAGCCUAAGGUGCUGAGCCGCCCAGCAACCAAGUCCAGUCCCAGCAGCACUCCUGCUAAGAGUGCCAAGGAGGCCAACAACCGGAAAGUGCUCGAGUCCAAGCAGCAGGCGGCUCGAGUGCAGGCCACCAGCACCGUCUCUAGGCGGGUAACCAGCACGGCCAGUGAAAGGCGUGUCCAACAGCAGACGGAAGCCAAGACAACGGCGACUGGAGCCACCCAAGCGACCCAGAGGAAACCAAUCUCAAGGAGACCUCGUGGCGUUUCACCCUCGAAGCGGGCACCAGCACCCGGAAGUCCGGUGAAGCAGGCAAAGCCGAAGGCGGCAGACUUGAAAAAGGCACGUCUGGACAAGGGGGGCACCACCGACUCCAGUCUGGUGUCCACCCCCUCCGCAGAUGAAGCCACGGCUGCCAAGAAGCUGCAAGACCUAACCGCAUCCCAGGAACUCGACGCAGAGAAGCAGCGUGAACUGGACGACCUUAAGGAGGAGCAGGAGGUGGUACGGGAAAUAGAAGCAGUGUUUAGUCGUGAUGAAAUGAAGCGCCAGCAGCACCAACAGAUUAAGGCCGAGCUCCGAGAAAUGCCUGCCGAGGGAACCGGCGACGGUGAAGAUGAGCCUGAUGAAGAGGAGGAGUAUCUGAUCAUCGAAAAGGAGGAGGUCGAGCAGUACACCGAAGACUCAAUCGUGGAACAGGAAAGCAGCAUGACCAAGGAGGAGGAGAUCCAAAAGCACCAGCGCGACUCGCAGGAAUCAGAGAAGAAGCGCAAGAAGAGCGCCGAAGAGGAGAUCGAGGCGGCCAUUGCCAAGGUGGAAGCCGCUGAGCGUAAGGCGCGACUUGAGGGUGCCUCCGCCCGGCAGGAUGAGUCGGAACUGGACGUAGAUCAGGAGCAGAGAAAGAUAAAGGCCGAGGUGCAGGAUAUCAUUGCCACUGCCAAGGAUAUUGCCAAAUCACGCACCGAGGAGCAGUUGGCCAAGCCCGGAGAGGAGGAGCUUUCAUCGCCAACUCCCGAAGAGAAGCUAAGCAAAAAGACUUCGGAUACAAAGGACGACCAAGUCGGAGCCCCAGUCGACGUUCUACCCGUCAAUCUUCAAGAAAGCCUACCCGAAGAGAAGUUUUCAGCUACCAUUGAGUCGGGGGCCACCACGGCUCCUACACUACCCGAGGAUGAGCGCAUUCCGCUGGAUCAGAUAAAGGAGGACCUCGUGAUCGAGGAGAAAUAUGUGAAGGAAGAGACCAAGGAAACGGAGGCCAUCGUGGUGGCCGCCGUACAGACUCUUCCCGAAGCAACUCCCCUGGCAAUCGAUGCCAUCCUAGCCGCAGCCACCAAGGAUGUCCCCAAAGACGCCAAGGCCGAGGUUUUAGGUGAGCUGCCCGACUCAGGCGAACGGGUGCUGCCCAUGAAGAUGACAUUUGAGGCCCAGCAGAACCUUCUCCGCGACGUCAUUAAAACGCCUGAUGAAGUUGCAGAUCUACCCGUCCAUGAGGAAGCCGAUCUUGGGCUAUACGAGAAGGACAGCCAGGACGCCGGCGCCAAAAGUAUCUCCCAUAAAGAGGAGUCCGCAAAGGAAGAAAAGGAGACCGACGACGAAAAGGAGAACAAGGUAGGAGAUAUCGAAUUGGAGGAUGAGCCGGAAAAGGUGGACAUCUCUCACGUACUGCUCAAAGAGUCAGUGCAGGAAGUGGCCGACAAAGUGGAGGUCAUUCAAACUACAGUGGAGAAAAAGCUGGAGGAGAAGGUGACCCUGGAAACCGAGAAGAUUGUGGAGGCGACUAUAGCCACGACGCAAAAAAGCCAGGCAGAGCAGGAAAAGGAUAUAGAAGGGCGGGAACAAAAACUUGAGUCUGGAAUUAUUACCGAGAAGGAGGCCAAAAAGUCGGCCAGCACUCCCGAGGAAAAAGAAACCAGCGACAUUACUUCCGAAGAUGAGCUUCCAGCCCACCUGGCGGAACCAGCCACAGUGCCACCCAAAUCAGCCAAAGAACACGAAGACACCGGCUCCAUUGACAGCCCCCCCACCAUUGAGGAGGCCAUUGAGAUUGAGGUGCAAGCCAAGCAAGAAGCCCAAAAACCAGAGCCAGCUCCGGAGGAGAGUACCAAGGCGGAAAAGUCACCACUUGCCUCAAAGGAGACCUCCCGACCUGAAUCUGCGACAGAAGGCUUCAAGGAAGACUUUGAGCAGCCGGAAUCCAAGAAAUCCCCAGAGCCCUCCCGACCCGAAUCCGAGGCAAAGGAUACCAAGUCUCCACUCGCCUCAAAAGAAGUUUCUCGACCGGGAUCUGUUACGGAAAACAUCAAAGAUGAUGCAGGAAAAUCAGAGAGCCGACGAGAAUCACUUGCCAAAACUCCUAAGGAUGAAAGUUCUUCUGAUAAAGCACAAGAACAGGAAAGUCGUCGCGAAUCUCUUGCGGAAAGCAUCAAGCCAGAAAGUGCGAAAGAUGAAAAGUCCGCCGUGGCCUCGAAGGAAGCCUCCAGACCAGAAUCUGUGGCAGAAAGCGUAAACAUCGAUGCAGACAAGUCAAAGGAGCCGUCCCGCCGCGAAUCCAUCGCAGAAAGCUUAAAGGCCGAAAUUACGAGAGAUGAAAAAUCCGCUCCACCCUCUAAGGAAGCUUCGCGGCCAGGUUCAGUGGUAGAAAGUGUUAAAGAUGAGACUGAAAAGUCGAAGGAACCAUCGCGACGGGAGUCAGUAGCUGAAAGUGCCAAAGCCGCUAUUGAAUCCAGAGAAGUCUCGAGACCCGAAUCGGUAAUUGAAAGCAUGAAAGACGAAUCUGAGAAGCCCGGAAGUCAUCGUGAUUCCCCCCUUGCCUCAAAGGAGGCUUCCCGGCCAGAAUCAGUAGUGGAAAGCGUCAAAGAUGAACCAAUUAAAUCCACAGAAGAGCUUCGUCGUGAGUCGGUGGCAGAAAGCGUCAAAGCAGAUAGUACAAAGGACGAAAAGUCCCGACCUGCAUCCAAGGAUAUAUCGCGACCAGACUCGGCUGCGGAAAGCGUGUUGGAUGCAGUACAAAAAUCAGCAGAGCGGUCGCAGCCAGAAUCCGCAACAGCCUCUAGGGAUGUCUCCAGGCCGGAAUCAGUAGCGGAAAGUGAAAAAGAUGACACUGACAAACCCGAAUCUGUUGUGGAAAGCGUUAGGCCUUCAGGGGUUAUCUCCAAGCCAGAUGAGAGCGCAAAGCCUGAGAGCCGUCGUGAGUCCUCUACUGAAAGCGUUCUUCCAGGCAGUACCAAGGACUCCAAGGAACCAUCCCGACCAGAUUCCAAAGUAGAAAGCGUCAAAGAUGAAGCUGAAGUAUUGAAGAGUCCGUCCCAACGAGGAUCAGUGGCAGAAUCGCAGCCAUCAAAGGAAGCGUCUAGGCCAGAAUCCGCUGUGGGUAGUUUGAAAGAUGAGGGUAUGUCCAAGGAGCCUUCUCGACCUGAGUCGGUCGCGGAAAGCGUAAAAGAUGAAGCUGCGAAGUCGUUGGAGGCCUCUCGUCCCGCUUCCGUUGCAGAUAGUGCCAAGGAUGGGGCUGAUGAUCUAAAGGAACUAUCUAGACCCGAAUCAAUGACUCCAAGCAUUAAAGCGGAAAAUAUUAAAGAUGAAAAAUCACCUUUGGCGUCCAAGGAAGCUUCUAGACCAACUUCCGUUGCAGACAGUGUUAAAGAUGAAACUGAGAAGUCCAAGGAAGAAUCAAGGCGAGAGUCAGUGGCCGACAAGUCACCCCUGGCCUCCAAGGAAGCUUCCAGACCAGCUUCCGUUGCUGAAAGUGUUAAGGAUGAAGCUGAGAAGUCCAAGGAAGAAUCUAGAAGAGAGUCGACAGCCGACAAAUCACCUCUGGCCUCCAAGGAAGCUUCCAGACCAGCGUCCGUUGCUGAAAGUGUUAAGGAUGACGCUGAGAAGUCCAAGGAAGAAUCUAGGAGAGAGUCGACAGCCGACAAAUCACCACUGGCCUCCAAGGAAGCUUCCAGACCAGCUUCCGUUGCUGAAAGUGUUAAGGAUGAAGCUGAGAAGUCCAAGGAAGAAUCUAGAAGAGAGUCGACAGCCGACAAAUCACCUCUGGCCUCCAAGGAAGCUUCCAGACCAGUUUCCGUUGCUGAAAGUGUUAAGGAUGAAGCUGAGAAGUCCAAGGAAGAAUCUAGAAGAGAGUCGACAGCCGACAAAUCACCUCUGGCCUCCAAGGAAGCUUCCAGACCAGCAUCUGUCGCAGAAAGUAGUAAGGAUGAAGCUGAGAAGUCCAAGGAAGAAUCAAGACGAGAGUCAGUGGCCGACAAGUCACCCCUGGCCUCCAAGGAAGCUUCCAGACCAGCUUCCGUUGCCGAAAGUGUUAAGGAUGAAGCUGAGAAGUCAAAGGAAGAAUCUAGGAGAGAGUCGAUUGUCGAAAAAUCAGCGUUGGCCUCUAAGGAAGCUUCCAGACCAGCUUCUGUUGCAGAAAGUAGUAAGGAUGAAGCUGAGAAGUCCAAGGAAGAAUCAAGACGAGAGUCAGUGGCCGACAAGUCACCCCUGGCCUCCAAGGAAGCUUCCAGACCAGCUUCCGUUGCCGAAAGUGUUAAGGAUGAAGCUGAGAAGUCAAAGGAAGAAUCUAGGAGAGAGUCGAUUGUCGAAAAAUCAGCGUUGGCCUCUAAGGAAGCUUCCAGACCAGCUUCUGUUGCAGAAAGUAGUAAGGAUGAAGCUGAGAAGUCCAAGGAAGAAUCAAGACGAGAGUCAGUGGCCGACAAGUCACCCCUGGCCUCCAAGGAAGCUUCCAGACCAGCUUCCGUUGCCGAAAGUGUUAAGGAUGAAGCUGAGAAGUCAAAGGAAGAAUCUAGGAGAGAGUCGAUUGUCGAAAAAUCAGCGUUGGCCUCUAAGGAAGCUUCCAGACCAGCUUCUGUUGCAGAAAGUAGUAAGGAUGAAGCUGAGAAGUCCAAGGAAGAAUCAAGACGAGAGUCAGUGGCCGACAAGUCACCCCUGGCCUCCAAGGAAGCUUCCAGACCAGCUUCCGUUGCCGAAAGUGUUAAGGAUGAAGCUGAGAAGUCAAAGGAAGAAUCUAGGAGAGAGUCGAUUGUCGAAAAAUCAGCGUUGGCCUCUAAGGAAGCUUCCAGACCAGCUUCUGUUGCAGAAAGUAGUAAGGAUGAAGCUGAGAAGUCCAAGGAAGAAUCAAGACGAGAGUCAGUGGCCGACAAGUCACCCCUGGCCUCCAAGGAAGCUUCCAGACCAGCUUCCGUUGCCGAAAGUGUUAAGGAUGAAGCUGAGAAGUCAAAGGAAGAAUCUAGGAGAGAGUCGAUUGUCGAAAAAUCAGCGUUGGCCUCUAAGGAAGCUUCCAGACCAGCUUCUGUUGCAGAAAGUAGUAAGGAUGAAGCUGAGAAGUCCAAGGAAGAAUCAAGACGAGAGUCAGUGGCCGACAAGUCACCUCUGGCCUCCAAGGAAGCUUCCAGACCAGCUUCCGUUGCCGAAAGUGUUAAGGAUGAAGCUGAGAAGUCCAGGGAAGAAUCAAGGCGAGAGUCGACGGCCGAAAGCGCUAAGGCGGAGAGUAUCAAGGGUGAUCCAUCUCCUCUGGCUUCGAAAGAAGCGUCAAGACCCGAUUCUGUUGUGGAAAGCGUUAAGGACGAUGUUGAGAAGCCAGAAAGUCGGCGCGAAUCUGUUGCAGAGAUUGUUACACACAAAGAAGCUAAGGACGAGAAAUCCCAAGAAGUUUCACGACCAGGGUCUGUGGCAGAGAGUGUUAAAGACGAUCCUGUCAAAUCCAAAGAACCAUCCCGUCGAGAAUCUGUAGCGGGAAGUGUCACAGCGGAAAGCGCUAAAGACGACAAAUCUCCUUUGGCGUCCAAGGAAGCGUCAAGGCCAGAAUCGGUAGUUGAUGGCGUUAAGGACGAAGCUGAAAAACAAGAAAGUCGCCGUGUAUCUGAAACACAGAGUGUUACACUCGAAAAAGCUGGGGAUGAUUUGUCUGCUGUUACUUCAGAGAAGUCUGUUUCUCGACCAGUAUCUGUGGCCAGUGACCAUGAAGCUGCCGUAGCUAUUGGGGUUGAUGCAAAGAGUUCCAUCUCCCCCAAAGAUAAAUCCCGUCCAGGUUCUGUUGCUGAAACUGUAUCGUCACCAAUUGAGGAAGCGACGCUAGAGUUCUCAGAGAUUGAAGUCGUAGAAAAAGCCAGCCUAGUCCUUAGUCUACAAGGUGGCUCUGGAGGAAAACUGCAAACGGAUUCCAGUCCUGUUGACGUGGCCGAGGGUGACUUUUCACAUGUUGUCGCUUCAGUUUCCACCGUCCCGCCCACACUUACAAAACCUGCGGAACUCGCAAAGAUUGGCGCAGCUAUAACGGUCUCGUCUCCUGUGGACGAGGCUCCAAAAACUCCAUCUGCUCCAGAGCAUAUAUCCCGUGCAGAUUCACCCGCAGAAUGUGCGACUGAAGAGAUUGCCAGUGAUGACAUAUCACCACAAGCUUCGAAGGAGUCCUCAAGACCAGCGUCGGUUGCAGAAAGCAAAGAUGGUGCUGAUCAGCUUGCAAGUGCAGUGGAUGAGCACAUCGCAGAAGUAAAGGAUCUUAAAUCCCCGGUCGCCUCCACGGAAGCCUCUCGCCCGGCAUCAGUGGGAGAGACAGCAUCAUCGCCCAUUGAGGAAGCACCCAAAGACUUCGCGGAAUUCGAGCAGGCCGAGAAAGCAGUGCUGCCUUUGACUAUUGAGCUAAAGGGUAGUCUCCCCACGUUGUCGAGCCCUGUGGAUGUGGCUCAUGGUGACUUUCCCCAGACAUCCACACCCACAAGCUCACCAACUGCAGUCCCAGUUCAACCAGCUGAACUCUCUAAAGUCGGCAUUGAGAAGACAGCGUCAAGUCCGAUAGAUGAGGCUCCGAAAUCAUUAAUUGGAUCUCCGACUGAAGAGCGUCCAGAAUCUCCUGCUGAAAGUGCCAAGGAUGAAGCUGCCGAAAAAUCAAAGGAGGCAUCACGUCCACCAUCUGCAGUUGAAAGCACUAAAGCGGAUUCCCGGCCGGAAUCGGUGUUGCAAAGCCCAAAGGACGAUGUUCAAAAAUCUAAGGAAUCAUCGCGUCCGCCAUCUGUUGCAGCAAGUGUUACGGGGGAAGCCACUAUAGAAUCAGUAGUAGAAAGUGUCAAGGAUGAGCAUGAAGAGGCGGAGAGCCGUCGAGAGUCAGUUGCUCAAGUGGAAAGCGCUAGUCAGGAGAGUCAUAAAGAUGAGAAGUCAACCGUAGCAUCGAAAGACGCCUCUCGAAGAGAAUCGGUUGUGGAAUCCCUUAAAGAUGAUGCUGAGAAGUCUGAAAGCCGUCCAGAAUCGGUCAUCGACAGUGCAAAGCCAGUCCCCAAGGAAUCGACAUCCCAACUGGACUCAAAGGAUGUGUCUCGUCCAGGCUCAGUGGUAGGAAGCGUUACAGCUGAAGCUGAGAAAUCUGAGCAGCAAUCCCGUCGGGAGUCUGCAGCGGAAAGCGUCAAAGCAGAUGGGAAAUCUCAAGAGGCAUCCCGACCAGCCUCCGUCGAGGAACUUCUGAAAGACGAUGAGUUAAAACAGGAAAGCAGGCCGGAAUCGAUCGUAGGCAGCCUUAAAGCAACGAGUACCAAGGACGAUGAGUCUCCGAUGGCCUCCAAAGAAGUUUCACGGCCGGAGUCGGUUGUAGAAAGCAUUAAGGAUGAAAAGGACAAACCCGAUAGCCGUCGUGAAUCCCUUUCCGAAAGCGUUAAGCCAGAUAGCUCCAAGGAUGAAAAAUCUCCCCUUGGCUCCAAGGACGCCUCCAGGCCGGGAUCCGUUGCCGAUAGUGAUAAGGAUAAAGCUGAAAAAUCCAAAGAGCCAUCCCGACCAGAAUCCGUCGCGGAGAGCAUUAAGCAUGAAAGUACAAAGGAUGAAGAGUCUCCACUACAAGAAGAGGCCGAAAAAUCCAAAGAACCUUCCCGGCGAGAUUCCGUCGCCGGAAGCAUUCAGGCAGAGAUCACAAAGGACGAAAAAUCCCCAUUGGCGUCAAAAGAGGAUUCCCGCCCCGAAUCCGUAGAAAGCAUUAAAGAUGAGAAGGCUGAAAGCCGUCGUGAAUCUGUGGCGGAAAGCGUGAAGCCGGAAAGUUUAAAGGACUUAACAUCACCUCCACCAUCAAAGGAACCUUCUCGACCAGAGUCCGUUUUGGAAAGCGUCAAGGAUGAAGGCGAUAAGACCAAAAGUCGCCGCGAUUCGGUAGCUGACAGUACAAAAGAGGAAAAGUCUCUCCUUGGAUCACAAGCAGCUUCCCGACCAGGAUCUGUUGCAGAGAGCGUUAAAGAUGAAGCUGAGAAGUCUACUGAGCCAUCACGGCCGGCAUCUGUAUCCGAAUGCAUUGCGGCUGAAACCACGCGGGAUGAAAAGUCCGCUCCAGACUCUAAGGAAGCUUCUCGGCCAGGAUCAGUGGUGGAAAGUGUUAAGGAUGAGACUGAAAAGUCGAAGGAACCAUCGCGACGGGAGUCAGUAGCUGAAAGUGCCAAGGAUUCAAAACCCGAGAUUGUAUCUAAGGAAGUUUCCAGACCCGAAUCGGUAAUUGAGAGUAUUAAAGACGAGUCUGAGAAGUCCGAAAGCCGUCGUGAAUCGGCUGCUGAAAGCAACAAGGCUGGAAGUGGAAAGUCUCCUCUCCCAUCAGAAGAAGUUUCCCGGCCUGAGUCUAAGGCAGAAAGCUUGAAAGAUGUGAUUGUCCCGACAAAGGAGACCUCUCGUCCCGAAUCUGUUACAGAAAGCGUCAAGGAUGAAAAAUCCCCAUUCGCAUCCAAAGAAGCAUCUAGACCAGGAUCCGUUGCAGAAAGUGCUAAAGAUCUGGCAGAUGAAUCCAAGGAACCAUCUAGACCGGAGUCGGUGUCCCAAAACAUAAAGGCGGAAAGUAUAAAAGAUGAAAAGUCACCUUUGGCCUCCAAGGAAGCUUCUAGACCAGCUUCCGUUGCAGAAAGUGUUAAGGAUGAAGCUGAGAAGUCCAAGGAAGAAUCAAGACGAGAGUCGACGGCCGAAAGCGGUAAGGCCGACAGUAUCAAGGGGGAUCAAUCUCCUCUGGCUUCGAAAGAAGCGUCAAGACCCGACUCUGUUGUGGAAAGCGUUAAGGACGAAGCUAAGACAUCCCGACCGGAGUCAGUGGCCGUAAGUGCCAAGGACGAGAAAUCACCGCUUCCUUCACGUCCUGAAUCGGUGGCCGAUAAGUCGCCAGCUGCCUCGAAGGAAGCAUCUCGCCCUGCAUCUGUUGCCGAAACCGCCUCAUCACCCAUUGAAGAAGGUCCACGAUCCAUUGCUGACCUCAGUCUGCCCCUUAACCUGACAGGUGAAGCUAAGGGCAAACUUCCAACUCUCUCGAGUCCCAUCGAUGUGGCGGAAGGAGACUUCGCUGAAGUACAAGGGGAAUACUCCCCGCGGCCAGCAGCACUUUCAAAACCAGCGGAGCUUUCGCAAUCGGAUACUGCGCAUACAGCCUCCUCUCCCGUGGACGAGGCUUCUCCCGUUCUGGAAACCAUCGGUGCGGUUGAACAGCAUACCACCUCUGGAGUCGAUGUCACCAAGGAAAUAGCGGAAGCAGAUUUGCUUGACCUGACGGAAGCCAAAUCCGAGACGGUAACCAAGCAAUCGGAAACAACGUUGCUUGAAUCCCUUACCUCGAAGGUGGAAAGUAAGGUGGAAUUACUGGAGAGCUCGGUGAAGCAAGUUGAAGAGAAAGUCGAGACCUCAGUAAAGCAAGUAGAAACGACAGUGAACGAUUCCUUGGAGCAACUGACCAAGAAGAGCAGUGAGCAGUUGACAGAGAUCAAAUCAGUGCUGGACUCCAGCAUCAGCAACGUAACCACCUUGUUUAGCACUGCAGUGGAGACCGCUGAAAAGAAAGAGCAGGAUGUGACAGAGAAAGUAAUUGAGACGUCAACCGAACACAUUUCCGAGCACAUCACCACUAUUGGUGAAAGCUCAACGGAAACUGGCCAGGAAAAGAGCGGUCUGGAUCUGGGCACAUUCUCGGAGCUACGCGAAACGCAUAUUACCACCGUGGGGUCCCCGGAGUUCACGGUUACGAUCUGCGAGCGCGAUGAGCCCGUGCUGCACGACAUCAAGGAGGAGGACGAGGAGCAUCGCUUCUCGCCACCAAGCGAUGGGGACAAGACAGUAAUAAUACCACCACAGCCGAUGCGACCACUAUCACCGCGCGAAGAAGAAGUGGCCAAAAUCGUUGCCGACGUGGCCAAGGUCCUUAAGUCCGACAAGGAUAUCACAGACAUCAUACCCGACUUUGACGAACGCCAGCUAGAGGAGAAACUGAAGUCAACCGCCGACACAGAGGAGGAGUCCGACAAAAGCACUCGAGACGAGAAAUCACUGGAAAUCAGCGUCAAAGUAGAAAUCGAGUCGGAGAAGUCAUCGCCAGAUCAGAAGUCCGGCCCCAUUUCCAUCGAGGAGAAGGACAAAAUCGAGCAAUCUGAAAAAGCACAAUUGAGGCAGGGAAUAUUGGCUAUAAGCCGGCCGGAGUCAGUUGCCAGCCAACCGGAGUCCGUGCCCUCGCCCUGCCCUUCAGAGUCAGCAGCCAGCCAUGAACAAAAGGAGACGGAAAUCCACGCUAAGGAACAGUCAUCCCCCAUUCCGAGCAAGGAUGAGUCUGGACGCGAGUCCGUGCUUUCCGAGAGCCAUAAAGCUGAGAAGUCUUCUCGCCCCGAGUCCGUUGCCAGCCAGGUGAGCGAAAAGGACAUGAAGUCAUCGCGCCCAGCAUCUAGCACCAGCCAAUUUAGCACCAAGGACGGCGAUGAGGAGACGACUGAGUCGCUACUGCACUCACUUACUACCACAGAGACAGUUGAGACCAAACAGCUGGAAGAGAAAUCGAGCUUUGAGUCUGUCUCCACCUCAGUCACUAAGUCCACAGUCCUCUCCAGCCAGUCAGUUCAGUCAGUUCGCGAAGAGUCUACCAGCGACUCGUUGAGUAGCAGCCUCAAGGUGGAGGACAGCUCCCGACGCGAGUCACUCUCCAGCUUGUUGGCCGAAAAGGGAGGAAUCACUACCAGCACUAGUUUGAAGGAGGACACUAGCACCUCUGCAUCUCAGCUGGAGGAGCUGCUUGUGCAGUCCGAGGAGUGCUCAUCAGAGUCAAUCGUUAGCGAGAUUCAGACCAGCAGCGCUCAGAAGUCAACUAAGGAAACCAAGGAUGCUAGGGAAACCAAAGUAACCAGCCAGUUUAGCACUAGCACCAGCACCAGUACCAGCGCCACCAAAGACGACUUAAAGGAAACUGUGGCCGAGUUUCUGGCCACCGAGAAGAUUGUCUCCACCAAGGAAGCCUUCAGCACUGAAGCCACCAAGUCGGCAGACGACUGCCUGAAGAAGGCCACCGCCAGCAACGUCUCCAGCACAACCGCCUCCCAGAGAGCGCUAUUCGUGGGCACGGACGAGUCACGGAGAGAGUCCCUGCUGAGCCAGGCGAGUGAGAGCCGCUUGACCCACAGUGAUCCCGAAGAUGAGGAGCCCGCUGACGACGUCGACGAGCGCUCCAGUGUUAAGGAGAGCCGCUCCAAGUCGAUUGCCACCAUCAUGAUGACCAGCAUCUACAAACCUUCCGAGGAUAUUGAGCCAAUUUCAAAGGUCGUCGAGGAGGAGCACGAGCACGUGGAGGAGCUGGCUCAGGAGGUCACCUCUACCAGCAAGACCACAACUCUGUUGCAGUCCAGCGAACAGAGCAGCAGCACAACCACCAGUAGCACCAGCAAGACCGGAGCCUCAAGAGUGGAGUCCAUCACUCUCACUCAAAUGGAUCAGCAGACUAGCCAGAGUCAGGCGGAGCCUGCUGAUCGCAAGACACCGCCAACGGCGCCAGUGAGUCCCGGCGUCAAGGCUUUGAGCUCGACAGGAUCGGCCGGCUCUGUGAUUGGAGCUGGAGCUGCAGCCGUGGCCGCUGGCGGAAAGUGCGAGUCCAGUGCCGCCAGCAUCGUUUCUUCAUCGGGCCCGAUGUCGCCCAAGGAUAUCAGCGGCAAGUCCAGUCCCGGCGCCCUCACCUCGGAGAGCCAGUCAAUUCCCACUCCGCUGGGUCGGGAGUCGCAUACGGACACCCCGGAGUCCUCGCCAAAGCCCACAUCGCCUUUCCCGCGCGUCAGCAAGGACGACCUCAAGUCCCUGGAAAUUCAGCACCACGAGCAGGAGCAGAUGCUGGCGGGAGCUGCCGCUGCAGCCGGAGCUGAGUGCGAGGCUGAUCUUCCCGAGCUGCACGAACUUCGUGGACUCGAGUGCACCACAGCCCUCAGCGGAAGCACCGACAAGAUAAUCACCACCACAAUCACCACGGUGACCAAGGUAAUUUCGGCGGACGGCAAGGAAAUAGUGACCGAGCAAAAGACGGUGACAACUACAGACAGUUCAGAGCCAGACAGCGAAAAGGUUGUGGUGACCACCACGCGCACCACCAGCGAGAGCGAACGCGACCAGCUGCUGCCCAAAGAGGUGGCGCUGCUGCGCGGCUUGUACCGCGCCAGCACUCCGGGCAGCGAGGACGACGAGGACCUCCUACUGGGAUCCCCGCGCAGCGCCACCAGCUACGAGCUGCAGCACUCUAGCUCCGGCGUGAGUAAGCGCUCCGAUCUGGACGCCGACGGUGACGAGAGCCAGGAUGACAUUCCUCCUCAGUAUGGAAGCGAGGAGCACUCAACCGCACGCUCGAUUCUUCUGCCUCGCACUGCCGACCCCAUGGCCACCUCCUUCUACGGCGCCCUGCCCGAUAGUUUCGACGUUGCGAUCAAGCCCAGCACCGAACCAAUCCCGAUUCAGGGCGCGCCGUCCGGCGACAGCCAGUCGUCGGAGAGCGUGGAGAGCAGUAGCCAGACCUGGGCAGGACACAAGUUCCUCGACCAGGCGGACAAGGACUUCCAGCGAGCACUCGAGGAGCACGUACAGGCGCGCGGCGCCGAGGUCAUGUCUUCCGUCACCGCCAAGUACUCGUACUCGCCCUCAAAGGCCGAGGAAAUGGAACAGAUCGUGAGUAGCACUGCGGAACGGCAGCGCUUCCCGCUUAGCGAUGUCCAGCGGUCCCGUGUGGCGGAAAGUGGCUUUGCCACCGUUGGCAGUGUCGCUUCCCAGCAGCAGGAGAAAGGAGAGGAAGUGGAGGAAGCCGUGCCUACCACAACUGCAGCAACAGCGAGCACCACAGCCACAGCGAGUUCCACUGGAGCCCUGCCCAAGGACCGCCUCGAGGAGUGGGGCAAGCCCCUAGGUCUGCCAUCGCCAGCACCACUGCCCGUAGAGGGCGGUGCUGACAUUCGCACCACUCCCAAGAAGGAACGCCGUCUGGUGGCCACCAAGACGCGGCUGAACAACGAGAAGAACAUGCGCAAGCGCAGCGAAUCGCCCAACAAGGCCGGCAAGAAGCCAGCGCCCGUCUACGUGGACCUCACAUACGUGCCGCACAACGGCAACUCCUACUACGCCCACGUGGAGUUCUUCAAGCGGGUGCGAGCCCGCUACUACGUCUUCUCCGGCACGGAGCCCAGUCGCCAGGUGUAUGAUGCGUUGCUCGAGGCCAAACAGACAUGGGAGGACAAGGAGUUGGAGGUCACCAUUAUACCUACGUACGACACCGAUGUGCUGGGUUAUUGGGUGGCUGAAAACGAGGAGCUGCUAGCCAAGCACCGCAUCGACCUCUCGCCCUCCGCGUCUCGUUGCACCAUCAACCUGCAGGACCACGAGACCUCGUGCUCCGCCUACCGCCUGGAGUUCUAGGCCACGGGCUUGUUUAUUGCAUUCGACGAUGACUAAGCCAACCCACAACGCACCCAGCCAUAGAAGCAGACGAGCAGAGCACUGCCAGAGAUUUGAGUCCAUGUGCGGCAUAUAUGCACGGACUCGAGCUCUGACACGACAAGAACCAGGACUAGGACUAGGACCAGCAAGACGACGACCACAGCAGAGGACAAGGAUUGGGAUGGAGAUCAGAAUCAGAAUGGGAAUGACAAUUCAGACAAUUCAAUUGGCCAAGUUUCGUGGGCAGAAGCCGCAGAAAACGGAAAUGAGCCGGACGUUGGCUGAUAUGGCGGAGUUAGGGUCACGCGAAUGACUCCUUUUUGUUUACCAAUGCCGCCUAUUGAGCUUUCGACGACUUGUUUCGGCCGACCAAAAGCUACGUAAUUAAUUGAUAUUAAGUUUUAAAAAUUAAUUACCUAAAAUGCAUUGCAACCGAUCCUCAGUGGUCGAGGAGAAGCCAUUUAUGUCGCUUUCAUUGCAUAACGUCAAGCUACCUUGCCUAGUAAUCCAAAGAUCAAAAUAGUUUUCAAAACCGCAUAGCUAAAAUAUACAAAGGAGAAACGAAAAGGCGAGAAGAGAAGAAGAAAAAGAAGGCAAACAAAAUACGAAGAAGAAGACACACUCUAUAUAUACAUAGAGAACUUAAUAUUCAUGUUUAAUAUAUGUAUUAGUCGGAACUUUUACGAACCCUCGUAUGGUCUCCCAUACCAGAGGUAUUCGAAUUUUAAAGCGAGCAUUAGCUAAUUGAACGUGUAUAACCCGUAAAGUCAGAGCUCUUUAGCCGUAGGAUUAUAAGCGAUCAUAAUACAGAACGAAGAUCGGAGACGGAGUCACUACCUUCGCCGCCCUUCGGACUAAACUGAAUCAAACGUUAGGGCUAACAAGUGAGUGCAACAAAAAUGUUCGAUUUACCCUUUACCGAAGCAAAUCCCGUAUCUAAAAUCCAGUAUCCGAGAUUUGGUUAAGUAAUUCCAGAUCCAAUUCUUUUUGUAGUCCAUUCUCAAUGCUUGGUUUCGUAUGUUUUUCGUUGCAUUUCGUUCCGUUGCUUCAGCAGGCAGCCGCAGAAAGACUUAUAACCCAAUAUGCUAUAGCGACCGAUAUACGUACACCUCCACUCCCACAUGGGGGACUAUGAAGGAAGAUGAGAAGGGCACUGAAUUGGGUAUUGGGAAGUGGAAUGGCGAGGUGAUGCAGUUAGGAAACCAAGAGUCCUACAGGAUAGACGCCAUUGCCGGAAGAUCAAGGAAGCAGGAAAGGUGAUCGAAGUAUUGGACGAAGACGAAGACGAAGACGACGACAGAGUCAAUGCUGAUGUUACUAUGUAAGGAUCCGAGUGAUCUGAGUGGGCUUAGCUGGUAUGGGGAUGGGAAUAGGACUAGAACUGGGCUUGUGAUGGGGCGGGAGUCUAAGGUUGGGUGGGUUGGGAUUCGGGCUGGGGUUGAGUGGUUUAGGGAUAGAGGGGUUGAAUGAGGGGGCAGUGAAACAGCUAUUGUGAGAAUAUAACGAGAAUGAGCAGAGAGUCAUAACUAAAUACGAUACGAUAAAUAUGAAGUACACAAAGUGAAUGAAGGUUAUUUUUCUAUAUUUUUUUUACUUUUCAUAGUCAUAGAAUAACAAAUUUGCAACAAACAAACAAACAAGAUAAAUAUGCAGCAAGACGCGAACCAGGCACACAGGCAAUUUUAAUCAAUGUAACCAGUAACAAGUAACCAGUAACAAGUAACCAGUAAACAAGAAACAUGAAAUAAGAAACAAGAGAAAAACGGAACAAGCAAUUCGAGGCCACAGCAAAACAGUCCAAAAGAGCCAGUUACAAUUAUAAAUUAAAGACUCGAGUGGUCGAUGCCCCACUCGAGACAGACUUUUUAGGCUACGCGUAUAUUUUUGAGUUGCUUUUUAUAUACAACAGCAACAGAUCUGGGAGGAGCUGCGGCCUGCGGAUUAACUUUCUGCAUGCCACAUGCCCCAUGCAACAUGCAACAGGCAGACCGCAGCAGACAACAGUCAACUGGCAACCGUCCAGUCUACACCGUUUGAUAGCAACCAGCGAAAUUUAAGCAAAAUUAUACACAGUAGGGCUAAGAGGGGCGGGCACACUGGUGAGGGACUAGGGAGGAUCCCCAUCACGACGAGGAUCCCCAUUAGCGCUCCCGUCCGACCAGCACUCGCGGUCGGUAUAUAUAAUAGAUCGUAUAGACCGAUCGGGCGACUUUCGAUUAUUGGGUAGCAUUGCAGUCUCCGCUUCGAGGAUUUUAAAUUUAUAACCGAGAAAAACAAAAGACGACGUUUAUUAAACAUUAAUUACUUUCCAAAUUCGUGCGCUUAGCGAGCAAAACCAAAACAAAAACCAAAAGCAAAACCAAAUCCAAACCGAAGAAGGUGAAGAUAAAGAAUACUCACACAUGAACUAUAUACACUAUAUAUGAAUAUAUAAGAAUAUAUAUGUACUUGAGCGUAUUGAUGUUGCUUAACAAGAAAAACCAAAAAAAAAAAGAACUCUUCUCCCAGCCAGAAGACAUUUUUUGCCUUUCACGAAACGAAUUUCCCCUAAGAUACGAAAAUAUGAAAACUUGUUACCUUUGCCCCCGUUUGUUUGCGACAUGAGUUUCGUUGAAAUCAGGUCAGAUCAGAUCAGAUCGACUACACACUAUACACUAUACACCACACACUAUACACUAUACACUCUACACUAUACUGUACCCACACACACACACAACAGUACACACAUAACGCCACACGCACAUGUAUCCAUUGCCUUAUAUCCAGAGAACAAACAGAUAUCUGCAUCAUACCUUAUAUUAGUCUAAGAAUCAAGUUCGAUAUGUAUGACCUAUGAGAGUUUGUUUGUUGAAUUUGCUUUUACUUUUUAGCAGCUUCGAUUUAAAUCAAAUAUACAUACUAAAUGCACACACCCCCGCACACACACACACACACACACUGCUGGUGUGGUGUGUGUGGGCCCGUGUGUGCUCUAUAUAAUCAUUAGUACAGCAAGUGCAUGCAGAAAGUAAGAUUGUUACAAACAAGAGCCCAGCCGAGGUAUCGCUUACUGGCGGAUGAAGUGGUCAUAUGCCUGGCCAGACCAGGAAAUGAGGAGGAGUCGGCAGGAGACAGGGAUGAGCGAGCCAGCACAAAGAUCUGAAAAUGGGCAGAGGUUACCGCGAAGAAAUAUAUAUGUAUUACAUUUUAUGAAACGUCAAGCUUAUCUCAAGAACUAUUUCCAAAACAAAAUCUGAAAUUAUAAUAAACGUAUUUAUGUGAA